GAUCGAGAGAGAGAUGCGAUUGAGGAGAAUCCCGUGACAAAAGGUCUCGCCAGACAUUUAGGUGUAUUAUUAUGGCAGAAUGGACGAACGUAAAUUGCUACCGUUGCUGAUACUCUUUCUGGCAGGAUGGCAGAAAGCAGUGGCUGUGGUACCAAUGCGGUACAUUGCUGUGGAUGUGGGUAAAGAUCUGAAACUGGCCUGUGUCGAGGAGAGUGAUCUUUUACAUUCCGAGGAAUCCAAUGUGAUGUGGAUAAGAGAGGGACGGGAGGAUGGACAGGUAGAACGGCUGAAAAUUGAACCCAACGGUGUGCUAGAAUUGUUAAAUGUCAGCGUGGAUGACGCUGGGAAUUACUCAUGCACCUUGGAUGAUGCUGUGAAAGCUAAGAUCAAUGUAGAAGUCAAAACACCUCCCCCAGCCCUGCACAAUGUAUGGGUCAAGCCAUCCACGAUAUUGGCCAACAUUCUCUGGGAAGUGGCUGGUACUGGCGGAUAUCCUAUCAUAGACUUCACUGCCGAAUAUCGUUUGAAACCAGUCACGGGCGAAGAACCGGAAGAAUGGAAGCCCAUUAUUCCAACACACAUUCCUCCAAAUUCUAGACAAAUAGAUGUGUAUCAUUUGGUGCCAAACACUACAUACUCGUUUCGAGUGUGGGCAACCAAUCAGUUGGGAAAAGGAGAGGUCGUGGAAGUCGAGGGUCAUACGCAUUACAGUGUAGAAGAAUUGGAACUCGCCCGACACCUCUUAGCCGGCGUAGAGAAUUUCGAUACACGCGUCUGGGUGGCAGCCGUAGGUAUUGUGAUGGGCACACUUAUGAUUCUUGGUUUAGGUACUUGUUACCUACUGUAUCGCGAGUGCAAGGCACCCUCGCAGCUGGAGGAGCAGGAGGUGAUUGAGCUCGUCCCCAACAUCAUUCUGAAUCCGGGAUUUUUCGACGAGCGCACCGAGCACGUACCACAAGAUGAGAAUUUCAACAAUCAGACGACUACACGCCUCAAUAACAACAGCGUUGUGCAACCUAGACGGCUUUAGCGUUUUUUGUUUAGCUUAGACUUGCUCCGCUCCGAAGUGAAUAAAUUGGACGCAGUUUUCUACGUCAUCUCGAAUGUAAGUAACCGAAUUUAAUCGGAAAGGCCUCGAGUUUGUCUACAAAGAAAGAAUGAAAAACGAUGAUCGACGAAAUUGAUAGACUAAAAAACGCAAGACUAUUAGCAAUCAUGGCGAAAGGAGAAUACGUUUCGGGGAAAUUUCGGAACACUUCAGCAGUCCAUCAAUAGCUUCAAGUG